CUGUACAAUCACUAAAACAGUUGAAAAUAUAGAAAGACUGAAUGAACACUGGGGUCUGGUAGCAGCUAUCAAAUCGCGGUCUCCUGCCCUCUCACAUGGGGGCGCUGUCGGGCUGGGUGUGCGUGGUGACUGGAGCGUCUCGCGGGAUUGGGAAAGGCAUCGCUCUGCAGCUGGGACAGGCGGGAGCCACAGUCUACAUUACUGGGAGGAACAGGGCGACCCUGGGAGAGACAGCUGGGGAGGUGGAGGCUAGAGGCGGGACUUGCGUGCCAGUGACCUGUGAUUCGUCAAAGGAUGAUGAUAUCAGGAAUCUGUUUGAGCGAAUCGGGAGAGAGCAGAGAGGAAGGCUGGAUAUCCUGGUGAACAACGCGUAUGGAGGAGUACAGACUUACUUUGAUAACUUGGGGAAGACAUUUUGGGAGAUGCCCCCCUCAGUUUGGGACGACAUGAACAAUGUGGGACUGAGGGGUCACUAUAUCUGCUCGGUGUACGCCGCUCGGAUGAUGGUUCCAGCGGGGCGGGGCCUGAUUGUCAUCAUUUCCUCGACGGGCAGACUCCAGUACGACUUCAAUGUACCCUAUGGAGUGGGGAAAGCAGCAUGUGACCGCCUGGCCUGUGAUGGGGCUGUGGAGCUCCAGGGUGCGGGCGUGGCCAUGGUGUCUCUGUGGCCGGGGGCAGUGCGCACUGAGACCGUCCUGGAGAACGUGCUGAGCAGAGACCCGGGUUCAAAGGCAGAGGAGGAGAUCUGGGGGGUGUUUGAAGCUGCUGAAACUCCAGAGCUGAGUGGGAAGUGCAUUGUAGCUCUGACUGCAGACAAGAAGCUGAUGUCACUGAGCGGGAAGGUUCUGUUGACCUGUGACCUCAGCAGGCGUUACAAUCUCCGAGACCUUGACGGUCGUGAGGUUCUAGACUCCACCUCUCUCCGGUUCCUCCUCUCUGGGGUCCCGGGACUCUCCUGGCUCUCCUCCUUCAUCCCCUCGUUCCUCCGUCUGCCCAAAUUUAUCCUGACGCUCAGAGCCAGCAAGUUCUGAACCAGUCUGCACGGAACACUGAACACGGCACCCGGAACCGGAACACUGAGCCUAGAACACAGCCUCUCGCUGGGGGUGCAACAGAUAAUCAGCGUGUUGAUAUAUUGAUCAUCUGUACUUAAAUUUCCAGAGCUUCGAUCACACAUUUUGGUGAAUUGACGCAUCAAACUAGAACCCAGUUUAAAGUCUCCUGUUGCUGGUUUGCAUUCAAACCUGGAGUGUGUGUGUGUGUGAGACAGUGUGCUUCUUUUAGUGUGUGUGUGUGUGUGUGAGAGAGUGCGCUAGAUUACCCCGUUGCUAGGAUACCCUUUAGGCCUCUACUGUCGCUGUGGACAAGUCAAAUCAGACGUAGGCAAACUAUA